AUGGGCGACAACGUUCCGCAGGCGCUCCAGUUCGAACCUGAGGGGCUUGACGAGGCUCGUGGAGUGCCUCCGCCACCUCAACCGCCGGCUGGCGCUCGCCGUCAGAGGGCCCCUGCCAAUGCAACUGAAAACUUAUGUGCCAUCGGUUGCGGUUGCGUCAAGGUGAAGGGGAGCAGCUUCUGCACCGAGCACAAGAAAACCGUCAACAAUGUCACCAACGAGACGAAAAAGCAAACAGGAGGUAGAGGUGAAGAAUGGCAGGAGUUCACGAAAGCCAAGCAGGAGCUCUCUCCUCUGUUCCUGCAGAUGAUUACCCAGGCCCACACGGUCAAACAGUCAGCAGGGCGGGGCCAAAAAACUGCUUCUUUCAACGCCAUUCAGUUUUUCAGGAAGGAUGCUAUCAUCAAGAGGAACGUGACUGGAGGAAAGGCAGUUUGGAAGACAUUCUUCGGUUUUGCCAACCACUGCAAAACCGAGUACGGAUGGUCGGCGCAUCGGUGCAAGCUGGAGUGGGAAUACGUCGCGGGCAAUACCAAGCCAGAGCACAAGUCGACCACCACCGACCGCGUCACUGGGGAGAAAAUCGAGUGGAUGUGCAUCGAGAUGGAGAAUUACGAAGUCAAAGAGAAGGAGAUUGAGCAAAGAGCAGAGGUUGUCCGCAGCGGCAAUGUCAAGAAGCAGUUCCUCGAGGCCGACGCCGAUUCAAUGUUUGGGCAAGCGAAGGCGGUGGCGGCCGGGAUGACGCUGUCGGCCCCGGACGGCACGCGCCACUUUCCGUCGAAUGGCCAGCUCGGGGCCUUGCCUGAGGCAGCAUGGGGAGAGGACGAGGAGGCGGCUGACCUGGCGCCGCUAGUGGCGCCGCUGGCAGGGCCUCCAGGUGCUCCUUCUUCCGAGGUGUCCCCCACAGACAAUCCUGGCGGCAGCACUGGUCCUGGCGGCGCCAAGCGGCGCAAAGCGACGUUCGAUUUCGGAACUAACCUGAAUAAGAUCCGCCGCAAGUUGGGCGCAGCUAUUCAGGUGGCGACUAAGCUCGAGGCUGAUGUGUGCACGAAGUACAAGGAGGUCAAGGAGAAGAUGACAGGACCGGAGACCGACGACUUCAAAGACGAGCUCGCCACAGCCCAGGCCAGGAUGGGGCUCCUGACGGCGUUGUCUUUGAAGCCAGACGACGCGUACCUCGAGAAGGAGGUCAAGGCUGAAUCGAGCACAUUCGCGUCCCUCGCCAGGGCCGCGGACUUUCUCAAGAAGACUUCAUCCGAACAUCAGUCAAACGUCCCAGAUGCCAUCAAAGACAUCCUGAACGAGGCGCGGGAUCCGCGGGAUGAAGCUCAAGGAGACGGGGCGACACUAGAAGGACGCCGGGAAGUGAGGAGCUGGAUGGGGGCAGCGAGCGUCCGGACGAUCGUGAACUAUCUGGCGAAUGCCACGAAGAAGGUUCUCGAGGAUCCGGCCGUCGUAGACCGCGCGCUGAUGAACAUGAAGUCUGCUCACAUUGUUCUUCUGAAGUGGCAGGAAGCCCAGGCGCAAUUCAUUCGUGAUGGCGAGACGCUACCUGUCCAGGACCUCGACGAGUGCCAGCCCUUCGUGAUCUUGUCGGUGAUGGCCGAGUACCACAUCUGCGAGGCGAACGAGGAGAGCCUCAAGGUAUUCGAGGCUCAGGUGAUGGACGCCGUGAAAAAGUCGAAGGAGCUGGUGGACCGUGUGAAGACUGGCGUGCAGGCCUUGUCCAAGGCCGUCGAUACUUCGCGGACGCAGAAGAGGAGGGCUCAGACCAAGGCCGACAACGCCGCCGCCGCCACGGCCAGCAAGAGGGCGAGGACAGGUUCGAACGGCGCCGGGCAGGCUGGGCGGACGGCGGCCGCUGCGCCUCAGAAGGCGACUCUGCCUUUUCUGCAACCCCAGCCGCAGGAAAACACGGGCGCCACGGGCGACGUCGCUGGCCGCCAGCUCGUGGAGCUUUGCCAGAAGAUGAGCCGCUUCGGAAAUUUGGAGGAGCUCACCGAGGCCCAUCGCAACAACACCCUCGACAAGACCAAGCCGUACGUGGUCCUGAACGCGAACGAGCUUCUGAGCCUUGCGUUGAAGCCUCACGUGAAGACCUCGACUACGACUUUCAUGGCGCAAAUGCCAGGAACAGAGCAAGUCAAACAGCGGAAGAAGGUGCAGUGCACAGUGCUCCCAACCGUAUCUGCCACGCUGGCGCCAGCGCUGAUGUCCUUCGUCCCCGACAACAUCGCGAUGAAGCAAUCCCCACCACUGAGCCAGUGGGGCUGCAACGUAGACAUGAUGUCCGUUGGUUUCGAGCACCACUGCGUCGGCAACAUCCGCUACCAGUACAAGGGCAGUCGUGAGAUUGUGUGCGCGCCUUACGAGUUCGUCUACGAUUGCAUGGGAAAUCUCAACGGUGGCGACGUCGAGGUGAGCAAGACCAACACCGUCUCCAACAUCGCAGAGGAUUUCUUCGAGAUGGAGCUUAGCGGGGCAGAGAUUGUGAAGGUCGAGGCCGCGAUGCAUGACGCUGGUUGCUUCGUGAAGGGCACCGUGCCUCCCAACUCUGUGGUGUUCAUCCCCGCGGGCUACGUGGUAUGCGAGAUGGGUAUUGGGGAUGAACCCAUCUUCGGUUGGCGCGUGCAAUGCGUCGAGGACGGGACCGCAGCUAUGCGCCUGAGGACGCUGAAGACGCACAUGGAGAGGUACACCACGAAGGAGGAGUCCAAGGUUCUGGAGUGCAUCUGCAACAUCGAGGAGGCCAUCUCGAAGAACUGUGCUGGCGGUUCGGGCUCCGGUUCCGCCGCAGCGUCGGCGUCGGCGCCGCCGCCGCCAGCCAGCCUGUUCGCAAACUUCGGCCAGUCCUCCACCGUCGUUAAGAAGGAGGAGCCCCCCUCGGCCGAGGCCCCCCAGUCCUUGGAUUCCGCCUCCACCGAGACGGCGCCCGCGGUCGGGGCUCCGGAGGACGCCCCCGCCACGCAAGGGUGA